CGAAACAAGAAAACGACCAUACAGCGGGGAAGAAAGAGAGAGAGUAAAAGCAGCUAAAAGCGAGCGCUAUGGGAGAAGCAAGCUCCACCACCGCCUACGAUGAUAUGCUUCUCAAGAGCUUCUUCGCCGAAGUCAGCGAAGUCGAGCGAGAUAACGAAGUCACCAGGAUUCUUUCAUGCUUCAAGUUAAACCCAUUUGAGUAUCUAAAUUUACCAUUCGAAGCAUCUCCAGAGGAUAUCAAAAAGCAGUAUCGCAAGUUAUCUUUGUUGGUUCAUCCUGAUAAGUGCAAGCAUCCACAAGCAAAAGAAGCUUUUGGUGCAUUGGCAAAAGCCCAGCAACUCUUACUUGAAGAACAAGAAAGAGAUUAUGUUCUUACUCAGGUUAAUGCAGCAAAAGAAGAACUUCGAGCAAAGAGGAAGAAGCAGUUGAAGAAAGAUACAGCCUCCAAAAUAAAGUCAUUGGUUGACGAGGGAAAAUAUGAUCAACAAUACGAACAGUCAGAGGAGUUCCAGCGGGAGCUCAAAUUGAAGGUUCGAGAAAUAUUAACUGAUCAAGAAUGGCGGAGGAGGAAAAUGCAGAUGAGGAUAUCAGAAGAGGAAGGUAGAUUGAAGAAGGAUGAAGAAGAACAAAAGGAGAUGUGGAAGAGAAAGCGUGAACAUGAGGAGCAGUGGGAAGGAACAAGAGAAAAGAGGGUUUCAAGCUGGAGAGAUUUUAUGAAGACAGGAAAGAAGGGCAAAAAGGGAGAGAUUCGACCACCUAAACUCAAGACCGAGGAUCCCAACAAGUCCUAUGUUCAAAGGCCAGUAAAGCGAGGUUAAUUGGUAUGAUAUCAUCUACUCUUGAUAGCUAUGACAUUAACAACAGAGUUUCCUGGGAGUUGAAGGAAGCUCUGGAAGUAGGUCUAAAAUUGUAUCAGUCCAAGUCGUGCCUGUAUAAAGGACAUGAUUAAAGUGGAUAAUAGGGUUUCGCGGAGCAUUGUCUUGCACCUUCAGUUGAAACCAAAUCCUCAGUAAGGCCUUUCAGAUCUCGAUUUUCAGAGGAUAAAAUUACAGAUACAAUAUAUCACUUUACUGAUUUUAGAAGACUAAA